CGAUAUCGGCAGUUUUUGCGUAAAUUACGUAACAAAAAGGCACCACCGACCAAGGAAGCACAUGCCGGGUGCACUGUGCUAUAGUAGAGUUUUGCACGAGUCAUAUUUAGGCCUACCAGAUAUUUCGCCCGUUUUCUGCCCGGCUUAUGUUGAGAUUCGCUGCUUCGCGAUGGAAAAUGCACGUACAGACACGUUUUUGAUAACUGGAGGAUGUGGCUAUUUUGGUUAUCGCCUGGCAUGCUCCCUGCAUAAAAAGGGAGCCAAAAUCAUUCUGUUUGACACGGCCCCUCCGACCCAAGAAGUGCCUGAGGACAUUGUGUUUAUUCAAGGGAAUAUACGUGAGUAUUCACAAGUUGAGAGGGCUGUCACUGGUGUGGACUGUGUAUUCCACAUCGCCUCCUACGGCAUGUCUGGCAGGGAGCAGCUGAACCGGCACCUGAUUGAGGCGGUGAACGUUCAAGGCACGCAGAACCUCCUGAAGGCUUGUGCUGAGCACGGAGUGUCCAGGCUGGUUUACACCAGCACCUUCAACGUGGUGUUCGGAGGCCAAGUGAUAGAGAAUGGGGAUGAAAGCCUCCCAUAUCUCCCUCUACAUCUUCACCCUGACCACUACUCCAGAACCAAGUCCCUUGCUGAGAUGGCAGUGCUAAAAGCUAACGGCACAGCCUUGAAUGACAGCUCCGGGGUGCUGAGAACCUGUGCACUGCGUCCAGCAGGAAUCUACGGGCCUGGUGAGCAGAGGCACCUGCCCAGGAUAGUUGGCUAUAUAGAGAAGGGGAUCUUCAGGUUUGUUUAUGGUGAACCCAGCAGCCUGGUGGAGUUUGUUCAUGUGGACAACCUGGUGUCAGCACAUGAGCUUGCUGCAGAGGCUCUGACCUCAGUGAGGCAGCACCGCUCUGCCGGCCAGGCCUAUUUCAUUUCGGAUGGCAGGCCUGUCAACAAUUUUGAAUUCUUCAGACCUUUGGUAGAGGGCUUGGGCUAUCCUUUCCCCAAGCUGCGCCUUCCUGUCUCUCUCAUUUACUUUGUUGCCUUUCUCACAGAAAUGAUUCACUUCCUGAUCGGGCCUUUCUAUAACUUCCAGCCACUGCUGACACGCACAGAGGUGUAUAAAACAGGUGUGACACAUUACUUCAGCAUUGCAAAAGCUAAGGCCGAGCUCGGCUAUGAGCCCCAGCAGCACAACCUGGAUGAGGUUGUACAGUGGUUUAGAAGCAGAGGCCAUGGGAAAAAAUCUCACAGCUCUUUCCUCAGUCGAUUGCUACUGGACAGCCUGUUUGUUGCUGCCUUUUUUGCUGUGGCUCUCUCUUUUCUUCCAGUUGUUGGCAGUUGAGGAACAGCUAAACAAAAAAUGUCAUUAUGACAUUUCCCAAUAUGUGCCAAGACUGCUUCAGAAGUCAGAAGUCUUAAUAUGAAAAGGUCCAAGUGCAUAUUUUAUUUUGAAAAUUGUCUAUUGGCAGGAGCUUCAGUCUUUAUACUAUACAAAUAAUCAAAUAAUGUCUGUACGUUUUAAUUUUACUUCCUAUAGUUGUUGUCACUUUCAAAGACUAGAUGUGAAAUGCUACCUCUUUUUCCCCCACAACAUUUAGCUUUUGAAAGAACAUCUCUGAGGGCAAAUACUGAUUAAAAACAUAAUAUGUUUGUUUUUAAUGCUGUUUGUUUGUGCAACUGUAAAAUUUUCUGAAAACUGUAAUGAAUAAAACCUUGUUCACCAAA